GGAACACACACCUGUCCAGGUGCACCUGAGCUGCAAGCAAAGGAGUCUCUGUCAGAGGAGGGCUGGCUGGGGCCACAGCAGAGCGGACUGACAGAGGGGCCUGAUGGAGGAGCUGGUAGGGCUUCGUGAGGGCUCCUCGGGGAAUCCUGUGACACUUCAGGAGCUAUGGGGCCCGUGUCCCCGCAUCCGCCGAGGCAUCCGAGGUGGCCUCGAGUGGUUGAAGCAGAAGCUGUUCCGCAUGGGUGAGGACUGGUACUUCCUGAUGACCCUUGGGGUGCUCAUGGCUCUGAUCAGCUACACCAUGAGCUUCACUGUCGGGCGUGUGGUCCGAGCACACAAGUGGCUGUACCGGGAGAUUGGGGACAGCCACCUACUCCGGUAUCUCUCCUGGACCGUGUACCCUGUGGCCCUGGUCUCCUUCUCCUCAGGCUUUUCCCAGAGCAUCACGCCCUUCUCGGGAGGUUCUGGAAUUCCGGAGCUGAAGACCAUUCUGUCGGGCGUGGUCUUGGAGGACUACCUGGAUAUCAAGAACUUCGGGGCCAAGGUGGUGGGCCUCACCUGCACCCUGGCCACGGGCAGCACCAUCUUCCUGGGCAAAGUGGGCCCCUUCGUGCACCUGUCUGUGAUGAUCGCUGCCUACCUGGGCCGCAUGCGCACCAAGGCCAUUGGGGAGUCUGAGAACAAGAGCAAGCAGAACGAAAUGCUGGUGGCGGCAGCGGCGGUGGGCGUGGCCACAGUGUUCGCAGCGCCCUUCAGCGGCGUCCUGUUCAGCAUCGAGGUCAUGUCCUCCCACUUCUCGGUCUGGGAUUACUGGAGGGGCUUCUUCGCUGCCACCUGUGGGGCCUUCAUGUUCCGCCUCCUGGCUGUCUUCAACAGCGAGCAGGAGACCAUCACCUCCCUCUACAAGACCAGUUUCCGGGUAGAUGUCCCAUUUGACCUGCCAGAGAUCUUCUUUUUUGUGGCGCUGGGGGCCAUCUGUGGCAUCCUGAGCUGUGCUUACCUCUUCUGUCAGCGAACGUUCCUCAGCUUUGUUAAGACCAAUCGGGUCCUCUCCAAACUGCUGGCCACCAGCAAGCCUCUGUAUUCGGCUCUGGCGGCCUUGGUUCUCGCCUCCAUCACCUAUCCCCCUGGCGUGGGCCGCUUCAUGGCUUCUCGGCUGUCCAUGAGGGAGCAUCUGGACUCACUGUUCGACAAUAACUCGUGGGCGCUGAUGACCCGGAACUCGUCCCCACCCUGGCCCUCGGAGCCCGACCCACAGAACCUAUGGUUCGAAUGGUACCACCCGCGGUUCACCAUCUUUGGGACCCUCGCCUUCUUCCUGGUUAUGAAGUUCUGGAUGAUAAUUCUGGCCACCACAAUCCCCAUGCCCUCUGGGUACUUCAUGCCCAUAUUUAUCUUCGGAGCUGCCAUCGGGCGCCUCAUAGGGGAGGCCCUCUCUGUUGCCUUCCCAGAGGGCAUCGUGGCUGGAGGGGUCACCAACCCCAUCAUGCCUGGGGGGUAUGCCCUGGCAGGGGCUGCGGCUUUCUCAGGGGCUGUGACCCACACCAUCUCCACAGCAUUGCUGGCCUUCGAGCUGACUGGCCAGAUCGUGCACGCACUACCUGUGCUGAUGGCGGUGCUGGCGGCCAACGCCAUCGCCCAGAGCUUCCAGCCCUCCUUCUAUGACGGCACCAUCAUUGUCAAGAAACUGCCAUACCUUCCGUGGAUCCGGUGCCGAAAAAUCAGCUCUCACCAUGUAAUUGUGGAGCACUUCAUGAACCGUACCAUCACCACGCUGGCCAAGGACACACCGCAGGAGGAGGUGGUCAAGGUCGUGACCUCCACAGACACUGCCGAGUACCCCCUGGUGGAGAGCACAGAGUCUCAGAUACUGGUGGGCACCGUGCAAAGGGCACACCUGGUGCAGGCCCUCCAGGCUGAGCCAUCCUCCUGGGUUCCAGGACAGCAGCAGUGUCUGCAGGACAUCUUGGCUGGGGGCUGCCCCGUGGAGCCAGUGACCCUGAAGCUGUCCCCGGAGACCUCCCUGCACCAGUUCCAGGGCUGUUGGGAUGAUGCAGAGACUAGAGAAGAGGGAGAGCUUGGGAAACAGAAGAUUCUGGAUGGAGAGAAACAGUGGUUAAAAAUAUGUCUUUUCAUCAAGGCACACAUGGGUUUCAAUUUCAAGUCUACCACAUUCUGCCUGUGUGAUCUUGGGCAAAGUACUUAAUCACUCUGAAUGCUGAUCCCCUCCCCCCUGCAAGCACAGAGCCUGGCACAUGGAUCACGGAGGGACAGAAGCAGGUUGGGGACCUAAGGGUGGCCCCAAUCCCUCUGUGCCGGAUGAUGCUGAAAAACGGGUCCUUUCCCCUAGUCCCUUGUGUGGACUCUGGGGACCCCUGGUGGUCACAUUGGACAUUGCAGGCCCAGGUCUUGGUCUCCCACCCACCAUCACAGCUGUCCAGCCCUCCCAGGCUCAGAAACAAGGUGGGGUGGGCACCACUGGGACAGGGCCUGGCCCGGGCCUUAACCUCUGCUCAAAGCUGCCAAGCUAGGAAGAAACUGAAGCCAGAGGGUUGAGGUGGGUGUCACCUAUCCUCCAGUGUUUCC